UUGAAUGACGGGUCGCCACUGGCCCUGUCACAACUAGCUGAUUAUCAGCAUCCCUCCGCCUCCUCUGCCAGUGUCACCACUGGUUACCUUGGAAGCAGGAGAAACUACACCAGUCUGCGCUCCGCUAAAUUACAGGCACAGCUCACAGCCACUGUCGGAAUGUUUUACAAAUUCUAGCGGUCCAAUGAGAGUAUGGUGGAAUAGCAUCACUUUACGAGUUGGAAGAAGAGCUUCAAUUUUUUGAUAGUGUCUGUAGCAUGAUAUUUCUCACCUGGAAUCGCGCAAAUCCGAGAUAACGAAAAUGUCACAACAACGGGUCGUCCAACUGUCGACCGCCUCGCUCGCGCUGGUCUUCGGCAAGGACGAGGAGAGCUCGAGAGCCACCGGUGGAGAGAAAUACAAGGCUGCAAGCGGCCAGGAGAUUUUUGCCGAUUUUAAAGCGCAAAAUCUGCGCAGUUUUUGGAAUAAAAGACUUGUGAAAGCUAUAGCUGAAGUUUACUUUCAAGGAUGGAUGGAGAAUUUGGUAUUGUUCGUCCAUGGGAAUGCCAACAACCUAGAGGUGCUGAGGGAAGCUUGGAUGCGCCGAGCGCUGAGGUCACCCAAAGGGUUUGUCAUCAAAGCAGUCGGUGACCUGUCCCCAGUGCAGAUGUCUCCAGUGGCCCAGUCUCAGUUCCUCCCUCUAGCCGAGGUCCUCUGCUGUGUCAUCUCUGACAUGAACUCCUCCAAUAUCACCGUCAACCAGGAAGCCCUCAUCAGUCACAUGACCAAGGCUCACCCAGGUAUGACCAUCCCUACUCAGGACAUCCUGUACAACGCUCUGGGCUCGUUGAUCAAAGAGAGGAAGAUCUACCACACAGGAGAGGGCUAUUUCAUUGUCACUCCUCAGACCUACUUUAUCACCAACAGCCUGGUGAGAGAGAAGAGCUGGUGGACCUCAGGGUCUGGAGACAAUGAGCUGCCAUCCCCUCCCCCCAUCACCUACCUGCUCAGUAAUGACACCCUGGAGAGCCACUCACAGCCCCCUCUGGUGGCCCACUGCAAGUCCUGCAGCUGCUUUGCCCCUGCCCAGAACGUGAACAAUCCUGCUACUACGGCCACUACAGCCACCACGGUUCCUCCAUCCCUCCCAGACCAGCACUCGGUUUCUGUUUCUAUUAGCGAGUACACAGGGAAGAGUCUAAAGUGGUCCCGGGACCACAAGCCUCAAGUCCAGCACCAGUCAACCUCGACGGCCGCAGACUACCAGGCUAGCGAGGUCAGCAAGACCACUACGGCUACCGCCGCCAGCAGCAAGGGCAAACCGGGGAGGAGGUUUGGCCUCAGCCUCUUCAGGAGGAAUGGAGGGAAGAAGGAGAAAGUGAAGAAAGAAUAUGCCUCGUUCUCGGGUCAGUUCCCUCCGGAGGAGUGGCCGGUGAGGGACGAGGAGGAUCUGAACAAUCUGCCCAGAGACCUGGAGCACGCCAUCAUCAGACGCAUCAACCCUGAGCUCACUGUGGACAACCUGACACGCCACACUGUACUAAUGAAGAAACUGGGGGAGAGAGGAGGGGAGAAAGGGACGGAAACAGAAAGACGAGGGGAAAGAGGGGUGGAAAGGGAUAAAGGUUUGGACAAGGGGGACAGGGUAGACAGAGGGGACAAGGUAGUGGACAAGGGCAUGUCCACUGAGAUCCUGACCAGCUCCAAGCCCAGACAACAACACUCCUCCCGGCCCGUACUCGGAGCAGGGGCUGGGGGCAGGAGAUCUACUUCCAAGGCCUCUCGCAGCAAAAGAACGCAUUCCUCCGGGGAGAAACAGAAAGACAGGUUGAAGACUACGGCCCCAGUGUGUGUGGAUGUGGACCCAGACAGGGAGGAGCUGGUCCCCUCUCGCCUCAGACCUGAGGUCCCUAUCUAUGAACCAGACCAUAGAGAGGAUCCAGGAGCGGUGGAGGGGAAAAGCCUCUAUAAGAAACGCAUUGACAACCCCUUUGAGGGUCAACCACCUGGGAAAGAUACAGCCCCAACCCAGACUGUGGCCCCUAGCAUGACCCACAAAGAACAGAGGAGGAGAGAGGGAAAGGAAGCGAAGGAGGGGAAAGAGAGGAAGACUUCAGGAGGAGGCAGGAGAGAACGAGUGGGACACCGCUCCAAAUCCUGGGACCCGCACAAAGUGACCGCUGAUGACACAGAGCAUGCUGGAAAGUCUCGUACAACCGAGGACAGGUCAUGUGACCGUCUCCACGAGAGGGGGUUCACCACCGACCCCCUCCUCCUGCACUCCUCUGAUACCAAACCCCCCAGAGAAUUACCGUCAGACUACAGCUCGGCAUACCCCCAGAGCAGCACCCUAAGGAUAGACGACAAGGUUAGAUAUCAGAGGGAGAGAAAGAACAGAGGGAGUGACAGCAGGGAGGGAGGGAAGGAGAAGGAGGGAAAGCAUAGAACAACACAGCAAGCAGAAUAUGGCAGUACAACGGACCAUAGACACCCAGCAGUAACAAGCCAAACCCUAGACUCUGAUGCCAACCUCCCUAGUACCCACCUCUAUGACCAAGUCCCUGCCCAGCCGUGCGACCCGGCCGUGACCUGGCCAAAGCCUGCGGUGCAUCGCAGGCACUCCUUCAAACACACAGACACACAGGGAGACCUAACCCACAGGCCUGACCUGCUCUCCUCUCACCAACAGGCUUUCAGUACCACCCCCAACCAGCAUGGUCUGGUACACAGCAGUGGUGGCAGUAGAGAGCACAGGAGUCCAGGUCAUGAGCAUGGGGACAUUGAUGGGUUAAUGGUGGAGAGUAAUGGCUUUAUGAUAGAGAGUGAUGAGUUUAUAGAAGAUGACCACAGGCUUUACCAGAGAGCAGAGGAAGAAGAUGAGGAUGCCUGUAGUUCUCUUUAUCUGAGUGAGGAGGGAGUCAUUAACAACAGAGAGAUCUAUCAAACACGAAUGUCUCACUAUCAUGACUCUCAGUCCCUCUACCACGAUCCUCAGACCAUAUACCAAGACACUCACUUCGACCACCAAGACCCUACUCACUACCACGACCAACCUCACUCCUCUUACCACGAGCCCCAACCCCACUUCCCCGACCCCCAAUCUCCCCAAGGAGACUGGGAUAGCACUUAUGCGGAGGAGCACUCUUCUACCAUCCACCAAUACCCCUCUCUGUCCCCUCACAGCCCCCACGGACAGGGGAAGGAGAGGUGCGUCAGAGUGAGCCGCUCUACCCUUAGCCACCUCAGCCAGACGUCACCAGGGACCCACAGUGAUCCCAGCCCCAGGCGAGGAGCCCCGAUCCUUGGGGAGCGACGGCAGGACGCCAGCCUCUCCCUGGAGGGUUUGGAGCAUGCUGGGGUGGCAGACAGCAGCAUAUUUGACUACUGCCAGACCAGCGAGGUGGAGUCUGACGCUGAGACCCUCCAUAAGUCAGCAGACGAGGGGGACGGGGAGUCGGCUCACUGGGGUUGCAGAGUAGAGGAAGACGGGGACGAAAAGGGGGGCUGUGAGACCCUGAGGGAGAGAGGAGGCCUUCAGAGCUCAAGUACCAGUCUGGGCAUGUCCAGUGGAGCCGGAGGGGGAAAGAUGAUGGGGGAGGCAGGGGAGAGUCAGAGCAACACGGGAGACAGUAGGAUAGACUCGCCCUGCACCCAUGUGACUCUGGCAACCAACAACACAGUGAUUCUGGAGGGUCUAAAGAGGAGAGGUUUCCUACAGAACCUGGAGAAACUGCACUCCAAGAGCUCCGCCAUGAGACCACAGAGCUCUUUGCUACAGCUCACACCAGUCAUGAACGUAUAGAAACCAUAAGCCCCCAGAUGCAUCUCAGAGGGAGGGACAAUGAGCUCCCUGACGCAGCUCCGUGUGAGGGCCCAUGAGCUUCCUGACGCAGCUCUGUGUGAGAUUCCCAUGAGUCCCCUGAUGCAGCUCCGUCUGUUCCGCCAUCAGAAAGCGUGGGAAGUAAGAAUGUGCAAUCAGAUAUGGGGUUCACAGCCUAUCUUCAUGGACUUCCAGCAUGUUUGUUUCACUCCUGUCAUAAACUUGCUGUGAACACCUAGCUUUUCCUCAUUGUCUAUGCUGGCUAGCUAUCCAGUCCUCCCGGGAUAGUGUAUAAGAGCAACUUAUGCUCAACCCAGACCUACCCCAGUGGAUAUCUUUGUAUAUUUUAUUCCUCUUUCUGUAUAUAACAUUUAACAGGAAUAUCCUGAGACAUAUUUGGCUAGUGAAUCUGCUGCAAUGAAUGCAUGAUCAAUCAAUAAGUGGUGUGGAUGUAGGAGGUAGUACUGUGAGUUUGCAUGGUCCUUCCACUAGGCCUGAAAUUGAAUUUUCAUACCUUUCCUUGUAGCCACGUGUAACACAAAUAAAUAUUUAUGUACCACACAAGCCACCACCUCACUGAAAGUUGUUUACACUUAAGAAAAUAAGUAGUACCUUUCGCUUCUCCACGGAACCCGUCACUCUUCCACCACCAGCACCUGGGGCUUAGCUUUUCAGCUCCAUUGUAUUGAAUAGUAGUGCCUACCUACCCUUUACCCUGCAGUGACUUUGCCUUUCAUAGGAUUUCCUCUUGUAAGUAAACAAGUUCAUUGAAGUCGCUCAGUAACAGCCGAUACAAACGAGAACCUGGCAGACAGAGGUGAUAAGCUAAGUCCUGGGUGUAGGUUGAGGCUCCAGGGACAAGGUGUACAUGGAGAGAAAUCCCAGCCACAUCAACAUGGCUCUGGGAGAGCUCAGG